AACCUCCUCCUCUUGGAUUUUCAUCGUCACGAUCGGGAUCUUCGUUCUUGUCUUUCUUUUCUGCUUCGCGAUAUUUUUCUUAAUCAUCACGGCAUCGGAUGAUCAGAAAACGACCUUCGAAGUCCUUGACUUAAGCGGCGGUGAGGGAGACUACGGAGCUGUGGCAACGAAGACCACUACCGGCAAUGACAAACACCCACUCAACGUUUUACCUAUGACCACAGCGAGGCCGCCUACCCGCGCAUCGCCUUCAACAGCAGAGCCGAUAAGUGCGGCUACUAGGGCUACGCCAGUUCCAGUGGCGUUACAGGCACCUCCAGACACAUUGGUCUGCACCGUCUCGAACAUGCUACGUCCCGAAGCGUCAGCGCUGCCGCCUGACGGCCUCUGCGACGUUUUGUUCUACGAGUCUUUCUACAAGGACGACAUGAACAUCCUGGGCGAUGGCUACGCCAAUCUAGAACCGAGCUCACGGCACUUCGUAGACCAGGCGUAUCACGCUCAGAAGACCCUGUAUGGUGCCUCUUUCGCGUUCACGAGGACGUACUCAACGCCAGACUUUUUCAUGACACAGGAGUUCUACGAAGCAAUCGAUGAUUUUUGGGUUCGCAAGAUCCAUCACUUCGGAUUCCUGAACUUGUACCGCGAGUUCUCUGCUCCGGAAGUCGUGAAGGGUGCACUGUUGGCACUAAGAGGACUGCACUUUCACCACAAGCACUUCAAGCGAGAAAGGACAUUUUCGUACCAAAUCCUGGGAUUGUCUAUGGCCUCCAUAAACAUUCCAACCGCGAUAGACGACACGGCGCUUUUUAUAAGCACUGUAUUCGUGCCGUCAAUGUUCAUCGCGAUUGGUCAUCUCUCAUUCUCUGACGCAAGCUUCCAUGACUGCACCAUACUGCCACCAAACAACGUUUUUUUGCUGCCGCCUAACGUGACCUACGUGCACGAUCUGCGAGAAAGCAUGGAGCGGCUCCGAAGCAUAGGCAAGCUGAUCCGAGGCUUAUCUUUAUCCCUCUCGGUGGGACUCAGCGGGCGCUACUACAAUCCGUCACCACGGUCCUCGGCGGUCGCCUCGACAGCAGAUUACGGGCUCUUCGCAAAUUGCAGUGACUUCUCCGGUCCCUUUUACGAUGAUCCAGCAAACGCCUGCACAAGUGCCAACGGUGGGGAUUGGGAAGCUAUCAGCAACGACAGCUUUCUGUUCACGGCUGUAUACAGUAAGAGACUGCAACGAACGUUGACGUACGACAUGGCGGAAUUGAUCCAAUACAAGGUGUGUGGUUCCAAAACCAAUUUCACAGACGUUCACUUCAGCCUGGCCGCCUACGACGUCAAUUUUGACUCGUCACCUGAAGCCUGCGAAGAGAUAGGCUUAAGCGCAGGCGCUUUCAGGCGCCUCUCUACCAUUCGCCCGUUGAGUAACUACCUUCUGAGCCGAUACGAAAGCCCCGACAUGUGCGUGGUCAUGAACUUUUCCACAAGUCGAGCAGUGUGAUAGCUCACACGGGCUGAAGAAUAAAAGGAACGCUGAUUUA